AUGCCCCUCCCGACACAUUCCCGUGCCAUCCCGCUCCCGACACCGCCAUCCCGCUCCAUCCCGCCGACAGCCGCCAUCCCGCUCCCCGACACCGCCAUCCCUCCCACACCGCCAUCCGCUCCCGACACGCGCCAUCCGCUCUCGCACCGCCAUUCCCGCUCCCGACACCGCCAUCCCGCUCCCGGCUCUCCCGCUCCCGACACCGCCAUCCGCCUCCCGCCACCGCUUCCCGCCCGACACCGCCAUCCCGCUCCUGACACCGCCAUCCCGCUUCCCGACACCGCCAUCCCGCUCCAUCCGCUACACCGCCAUCCCGCUCCCGACACCGCCAUCCCGCAUCCCGCUCCCGACACCGCCAUCCCGCUCCCGACACCGCCAUCCCGCUCCGACACCCAUCCCGCUCACCGCUUCACCGCUUCCCGACCACCGCCCCCGCUCCGACACCGACCACCCCGCUCCCGACACCGCCACCCCGACUCCCGACACCGCUCAAUCCGCUCCCGACGAACCGCCAUCCGCUCCCGCUCCCACGCCUCCCACCUCGCUCUCAGGCGGCCGCCAUCCCCGCUUCCGACGCCGCCACGACACCGCCAUCCCGCUCCCGGCACCGCCAUCCCGCUCCCGACACCGCCAUCCCGCCCGACACGCCAUCCCGCUCCGACACGCCACGACACCGCCAUCCCGCCCCCGACACCGACCUCCGCUCCCGACACCGCCAUCCCGCUCCCGACACCCCUCGAUCCCGCUCCCGACUCAUCACCGCCAUCCGCUCCCGACACCGCCAUCCCGCUCCCGACACCGCCAUCCCGCUCCCGAACAACUCCGCACAUUCACACGCCAUCCCGCUCCCGACACCGCCAUCCCGCUCCCGGACACGCCACCCCGCUCCCGACACCGCUCCCGACACCGCCACCGACACCGACUCCCGCUCCCGACACCGCCACCCCGCUCCGACACCGCACAUCUCCCGACACCGCUCCGCUCCCGACACCGCCAUCCCGCUACCGACACCGCCAUCCCGCUCCCGACACCGCCAUCCCGCUCCCGACGCCGCCAUCUCCCGCUUCCGACGCCGCCAUCCCGCUCCCGACACCGCCAUCCCGCUCCCGACACCGCCACCCCCCUUCCAACGUCCCGCUGACACCCGGCAGCACUCUCGCUGUCACCAUUCCCGCUGACAUCACCGCUGACAUCAUUCAUUCCCGGUGA